GCUCGCUCCAGCCCAGAAGCCUGCAAGCCACCGCCGCUGCGAUCAUGGCUGGGAUGGAGCUCGCACCGCUCAGACCCUGGGACGACUUUCUUCCCGGUUCAGAUCGCUUUGCAAAACCUGACGUGGGUAACUUAGCAAAAUGGAACAACAGAGUCGUCAGCAAUUUGCUCUACUAUCAGACCAAUUACUUUGCAAUGGCCAUUGUCGUGUUUUUGAUCGUUGGAUUUCUGAACCCUGUGUCCAUGAUCCUAGGAGGAGCGGUAGUGGCUUUGGUAUUCGUUGGUUCUGUGUGGGCAGCUGACGACAGAGCCGUGAUCAAGAACUUCAAGAAGCAGAACCCAUCUUUGUUUGUAAUUGGCGUACUGGGCGCUAGCUAUUUCCUCAUAUCCCUCUUCGGAGGUGUGAUGGUGUUCAUUUUCGGCAUCACUUUCCCCCUGCUCUUGAUGUUUGUCCAUGCGUCAUUGAGACUACGCAACGUGAAGAAUAAGCUAGAGAAUAAGCUGGAAGGAGCGGGGCUGAAGAAGUCACCGAUGGGGGUGAUUCUGGACGCUCUGGGGCAACAAGAAGAAAACCUCAACAAAAUCACGGAUUUCCUGGCCAGCAAAGUGAAAGAGUAAAACCAACCCCUGAUAUGUUCCAGACAGCACUGCACUGCUUAUCUUGUCCCUCUGUCCCCUAACAAAGAGGAAACAGUGCUAUGUGGUAGCCUGUGAUUACUAGAACAGCCAAAUACUCCAAAAAACUAUUUUCCUAUAGACUGAAAAACAAAGUAAAAAAACAAUGUGCAAUCCUUGUAUUUUUUUAAGUGGAUAAAAACCCACAUUCCUCAUAUCGCCAUUUUCCUUAAGUAAAAAGAAGAAAGGGAAAAGGCUUUAUUUUGGAAAACAAUCCUCUGUAUUUUGUGUGCACCUCAGUUUCAUAUUUUUUGAAGGGAAGCGUUCUCAAAAGCUUACUUGAAGGGAAAAUAUUAAGAUGCAUUCAGCAUCCUCACUUUCAGGAGACCCACACCAACAGUAUCAACUCAUGUGCAAUAGAAACCAGUCAAGGUUGAAUCCUUGUCCUCUAGGUUCUGUUAAGGAAAAGACUAAAAAGAUCAGUGAAGGGAAAUGCAUUAGUGUGAAAUAAAUCUAAGCAGAAAUAUUCACAACA